UGUCGCUCAGGUUAGUGCUGCCCCUGUGAUUGGCUGCGCAGUGAGGAGGAGGGAGGCGGGGAGCGCCAUGGUGCUGCUGCAUGUGCUCUUUGAGCAUUCUGAGGGCUAUGCCCUAUUCGCAGUGCAGGAGGAGGAGGAGAUCGACCUGCUGCUACCCAAGGUGGAGAAAUCUCUGCUGAAUAUAGAUAUUUUUAACAGCAUUGUGAAGCUGGUGGCGUACUCUCCAUUUAUGUCCUCCCAGAGCGCCCUGGAGAAUGUGAACGCCAUAAAUAAAGGUGUCCUCCAUGAGGACCUGAAGCUUUUCCUGGAAACAAACAUGCCGGCUGAGAGGCAGAAGGUUCUGCUUGGGGUGAGUCACAGUAAGAUCGGAGAUGCCAUCGAGGAGAAGCUGAAUAUCACAUGCCAGAUGGGCGGAGUGGUGGCCAUGCUCAUGAAAGGGGUCUGGUUAUACUUUAGCACUCUGUUGAAUGGGUACGCUGCUCAGUCGGCCUCGAAAGCAAAGCUUGGUCCAGGCCACAGUUACACGAGAUCCAAAGUCAAUGAGGACCAGGAGGACAACAUGAUUAUUCAGUCCAUCGGCUUACUGGACCAGCUGGACAAGGACAUAAACACCUUCUCCAUGAAGGUGAGAGAGUGGUACAGUCGUCACUUCCCAGAGCUUUUAAAGAUUGUGCCCAAUAGCUCCAUGUACUGCCGUAUGGUGAGGUUCAUCGGAAACCGUAAGGAGCUGUCUGAGGAGAAGCUGGUAGAGAUGGAGGAGAUAGUCAUGGACCGUGCCAAGGCCCAGGCAAUCCUGGACGCCUCUCGAUCAUCAAAGGGCAUGGACAUCUCACCCGUCGAGCUUGUGAACAUUGAGAGCUUCACUAGCCAAAUAAUUUCUUCAUCAGAGAAGUGGAAGAGCCUGCAGGAAUGUCUCCGAUCAAAGAUGAGUCGCGUGGCCCCCAGCUUGUGUGCCCUCAUUGGAGAAGUGGUGGGCGCCCGUCUGAUUUCUCAUGCAGGAAGCCUGGGAGACCUCGCCAAGUUACCGGCUUCUACCAUCCAGAUCUUUGGGGCAAAGAAGUCCGUCUUCAGGGAAAAGAGGGUCAGAGGAAAGCGCUGGAAAAAUGGACUCAUCUUCCACUCUCCUGUCAUUGAGCGGGCGCCUGCAAAGGACAAGAUCCGUCUCUCCCGCUUCCUGGCCACGCAGUGCAUGCUCGCUGCCCGGAUGGACUUCUUCUCUGAAAACCCAACCAGCGUGUAUGGGGACAAGAUGCGGGAGCAGGUGGAGGAGAAACUAGUAUUCUUUAAGACCGGGAAGGCUCUGCGCAAAGAGCAAGAUGUGAUGAAGGAUGCGCAGCCGGAGGCAUCAGAUGUGACGGCAAUGAUAAUGAAGAAAAUGAGGAAGAGAGAAUCGCGGAGGAUAAACCGAAAGAAUAAGAGUAUGAAGGCGAUGGUCUCAGGGAUGACGGCGAAGAUGAAACAAAAGCUGAAGAAGAAGGAACAGAUGGAGAAAAAACAAGAGCAGAAGAGAAUGGAGGCAAUGGGCUCAGAGGUGACGGUGGAGAUAGAGCAAAAGCUGAAGAAGAAGGAACAGAAGAAGAAGAAACGAGAGAAGAAGAGAUUGGAAGCGAUGGUAACAGAGGAGGACAAUGAGCCGGAGGACAAUGAGCCAUCACCAGACAGAAGCAGAGAAGAGGAGGAAGAGCCAAGCAAGAAGAAGAAGAAAUGGAAGUCUGAGGGCGACGUCUUGGAGAUCGGGUUAGAGGAAGAGGUGGAACAGACUCCACCCAAAAGGAGAAAGAAGAAGAAAUCUGCCCCUGAAGACUCUACGGCCUCCGAGGUGACGGUGGAGAUAAUGAGGGAACCAGAGACAAAAGACUGGGAGGAGAAAGAAGAGGAGAAGAGAUUACAGGUGAUGGUAACGGAGGAGGACAUUGAGGCGGAAGACAAUGAGCCGUCACCUGACAGAGAUGAGGAGGAAAAGCCAAGCAAGAGGAAGAGAAAACGGAAGUCUGAGGGCAACAUCACGGAGAACGGGAUAGAGGAAGAACAGACUACAUCCAAAAGGAAAAUGAAGAAAUCCGCCCCUAAAGAAUCAACGGCCUCAGAGGGGACGGUGGAGAUAAAUCGGAAACUGGAGAAGAAAGAACAGAAGAAGAAGAAACGAAAGAAGAGACUAGAGGCGAUGGUAACGGAGGAGGACGAUGAUCUGGAGGACAAUGAGCCAUCACUGGACAGAAGCGGAGAUGAGGAAGAAGAGGUGAGCUAGAAGAAGAAGAAACAUAAAGUACGGCAGCAGAAAGAAGAGGACUAAGCGGAGUCGUUGUGUGCCUCUCAUUUCAGAAGUGGUUUUACAUCUUCAUUAGUUUUCUGCAUAGACUAAACCCUGGAGGUUCCUGUGUGUGGAGCCCCAGUCUGUCCAUUCAAGUGACUGCACAAUAUGGAAUAACCUUCCUAUAUGAAUUCCCCAGAAUGCCUUUCUCUGUCCAUUUACCUGCAGAUUAAAGGGACGCGACUUGUAAGCCUUUGAGCAGAGAAAAACCAUCCCCUGAUUGCAGUUAUAGAGCCCUCUAGGUCUUCUGUAGAGUAACGGUGGUGGUUGAGGUGGCCUGUGACUGUACAGAGCUGGGAAUGUGAGUACCCUAUGGUGCGUGCAGGUCACUGCUGUGGAGUCUGAAUCCAGUGUAUACCACAAAUGGUGGAUUCAUACAUAUAUAUAUUACUGUUACCGAGCCAGAGUAAAGCCACAGGCCCAGCGUUGUCCUUCAGCCAGUAUACACAUCCAGCACGUGUGGAUUGCUGGGAAAUCCUCUGGGUAAGCGAGGUGUACCAGGAGAAGCGGAGGCAGCGCUGUGUAUGGUGACACCAUAGUACGUGACUUCUGCUCAGCCUGUGAGAAGGCAUUACUCACAUGUAUAGAAUGGCUGUGGUUAGCGUUUGGGGUCAGCAAUCGCCUGCUGCUUGGAACAUGGGGGGGUACGUCUGCUGUAGCCAGGGAGGCUCGGAGCUAAAUCCUGGGAGGGCCUUUCUCCUUCCAUAAGUUGAUUCAUACUUUGAUUGGGAAAGUAGGACACUAGGUAUUAAAGUGUGUAUAAUAUUGUAUAUAUAAAAGCAGGAUUCUGUCUGGUCCGUGUAUUGAGGAAUACAGGACUCAUUGUGUUUUUAGAUAUCUGGAUGCCAUAUCCGAAGCCAUAAGCUUUCCAUUUCGCAGGGAAUUCCAGGAUGACCGAUGAACAGUGGUUGUGUGAAGGGCUUACAGUUAUUGUUCCGGAUGUUACAGUUAUACAAUACAUUGUUUCAUAAUGUGAUUGCUUAAAUCACUCUGGGUAUAAAGUGGAAGCUAAAACGAAA